AUGGGGAACCUCAGAAAACUCUCAGAACUCACAGAAAACAUUGGGCUUCCCCUGGAACUGCUGGAAAAACAAGACCCCUGGCCAGCCUAUGUCACAUAUACCUCUCCGAUGGUGCGAAGACUCAUUGAGAAAAGCAAAGCUAGAGAACUGGAAUUCACACAGGCUCUGGAGGAAAGCCGAUGGACUCACAGGCAGAGCAAGACGCCCAGCAUCGUCCAUCUGAAAAGAAAAAUGUCAUCCAAGACCUCUGGCAAAAUGGUGUUCAAGGACACGAAGUCCGAGACCAUGUUGUCGGUGUGGAGUGAUUUUUCGGCAUCGGCUGCAGGUCCCACCAUCAUCCCAGAGCCCUUUCAAAUGGAUUCCAGAGAAAGUCCCACUGCAAACUUUAACAAGAUCAUCUUCUCUCGAAAACCUCUGAUGAGGAUGCUUCCAUCAGCUCACUUCUGGCCAGCAAAGAGAAACAUUUAAAUA